AUGAAAAUAAAAUAUUAUAAAAUUCCUUUUUGGAGUAUUCAAAAAAAGAGAAUUUCUUUUUUAAAAGAAUAUGAUUUUAAAUUUAAGAAAUACGAAUAUAAAAGAAAUGAAAGAUAUAUAUACUGUUUAAGUAAGAAGAGUUUCUUUUUUUUAAAUAAUGACCUAUUAAAAAGUGUAGAUAAAAAAAAUGAUACCAAGAUAAAUCUAUUUAAAAAAGAGUAUAAAAUUUAUAUAGCAUAUUAUAUUGUAUUCAUAUCUCUGUGUUCUGUUUUUUCAUUCUGUAUAAUUAAAUUAUUAUUUAUGAUUUUUCAAGAACCAUUACCUGUGAAAUUAGUAAAAGAGCAAGUUUUAAAAGAUAAAAAAUUAGUUAACGAAUAUGAAGAAGUUAUUUUUUCAAAAUUUUGGACAGGUUAUUUAAAUGAAAUUGAUGCUAGAAUAAUGAUGAAUAUAAAAAGCAAAAAACAUAAUAAAAAAGGAAAAAUUAUUAGUAAUUUAAGUAAAAUAAAUGAUAAAUGGAUUAUUAAAACAUUGACAUAUUAUGAAGUAAAAAAAAAUGAUAAUUUAAAAACAGAUGAUUUAAAAAGUUUACAAAAUAAACAAAAUAGUUCUUGCCCAAUUAGCAAUGAUAUGAUUUGCAUGAAAAUGAAAAAAUAA